GUGUGUGUGUGUAUAUGUGUGUGUGUGAGAGAGAGAGAGGGAGAGUGUCAAAGGCAACAGAUCAAAUUUAAUGAAUUUAUUGACCAUUUCAAUCACAGUAUUAGACUGAUAAAGACCUUGUUUUAAUGAAGCCGAAAAUUCCCUAUUGCUGUGAUUUGAUAUCAAAACUAAUGUCUGUUCCAAGAAAGUCCAUUUGAGCGCCACCGUGUUGUAGUGGAACAGGUGCAGCGCACAUUCCCCACCUUCUCCCCCUUUGACGGAAGCGGAGGCUGCAGCUUCAUCAGCGCUCCGUCUCCUCCUCCUCCUCAUCCUCCUCAGCUGGAAUUCGCGCUGCAAAAUUCCCACGGUGUUUUCCAGCUGUCCAGCGCCACAUUAUGGGGUGGCGUGAACAAUUUUAUUUUCCCUUCCUGUGCUCACCACUGCACAGAGAAGACAGUGACGGAUGACUUAUGGAAAUUCUUAAGUUGAUUUGCAUACGCAGAAAUUUUCGUCCAACUGCUGUUUUCUGAACUUGUUUGUAUAAAAACAAGUAUGACCGGUAUUUUUUUUUUUUUUUUUAAGUAUACACUUGUAACUCCAUCAACCGGAUAAAAGCAUCUAUCCAGUGCGCGUAAGACAAGAGGUCCCAGUGGCUUUCGCUUGGUCCCACAUUAGUGCGUAUAUGGCUCACCUCUCCAUCACGGCGCAUCAUUAGGAUACUAGGGGUGGGGCGACAGCAGCCUGUCCCGGUAAGGGGAGGAGAGAACAGGGAGCAGAGGCGGUACUUUCUCCGCGGCUCGUUUCUCGGCGCUGGAGAGUGUGGGACCAGGGCUGGAGAGACCGCCGGGGAGCAUCAGCAGAACCAGUCCAGCACGGAGCCUCGCCUGGCCGACCGCUGCGCCGUGCACUCUUCUUGGGGGGACUGCACAACAUUCCUGUGAAAUAUAACUGCUUUUAAUGGCAUGUGGCUUGUAACUUUACUUCUGCUGUAUUCUUUGCAAGAAGUCAACAGUGAGGAUGUUGUCUCUACGCGGCUGUACUUUGUGAACGCCUCCCUGCAGCGGGUGACCUUCUCCAGCUCGGUGGGGGUGUCCCUGCCCUGCCCUGCGGGCGGCGCCCCCCAUGCCGUCCUGCGCUGGUACCUGGCCGCCGGAGACGACAUUUACGACGUGCCCCACAUCCGCCAUGUGCAUGCCAACGGCACCCUCCAGCUCUACCCCUUCUCUCCCUCCGCCUAUAACAGCAUUAUCCACGACAACGAGUAUUUCUGCACUGCUGAGAACCAGGCAGGCAAGAUUCGAAGCCCCAGCAUCCACAUCAAAGCAGUGUUCAGGGAGCCCUACACAGUCCGUGUGGCCGACCAGCGCUCCAUGCGGGGUAAUGUUGCCGUGUUCAAGUGCCUCAUCCCCUCAGCUGUCCAGGAGUACGUCAGUGUGGUGUCUUGGGAGAAAGACACCGUCUCCAUCGUCCCAGGUAACCGUUUCUUCCUGACCUCAUUUGGCGCUCUGUAUAUCUCAGAAGUGCAGAAGGAAGACGCUCUGUCCACCUACCGCUGCAUCACAAAGCACAAGUACAGUGGAGAGACUCGCCAGAGCAAUGGAGCCAGGCUCUCUGUUAUGGACCCUACGGAGUCCACCCCGUCAGUGCUGGACAGUUUCCAGUCGGGUGAGGUGCAGGUCGGGCACAGUGUGGAACUGCCCUGCAUCGCAUCUGGAUACCCAAACCCCACCAUCCGAUGGCUGAAGGAUGGUCGGCCAUUACCUGCAGACUCCCGCUGGACGCGGCGCAUCACUGGCCUCACCGUUUCAGACUUGAGGCUCGAGGACAGCGGCAACUACAUCUGUGAGGUCACCAACAGCUUUGGCUCCAAAGAGGUGACGGGUCACCUCAAUGUCAUAGAACCAUUGCGGGUCACCUUGUCUCCCAAGAACCUGAAGACAGGGAUCAGCAGUACAGUCAUCCUCUCCUGUGCUGUCCAGGGUUCCCCCCACUUUACUGUGUCCUGGUACCGUAACACUGAACCUGUCCUGCCCGAUCAGCACUUUUCCAUCCAGGGGGCUCACAAUGAGACAUUGUUCAUUUCUGCUGCACAAAAGAGACACUCGGGAGCUUACCAGUGCUUUGCCACACGCAAGGGCCAGACUGCCCAGGACUUCUCCAUCAUACUGCUGGAAGAUGGCACACCCCGUAUCGUUGCCUCCUUCAGUGAGAGGGUGGUGGUCCCGGGUGAACCGUUUUCCUUGAUGUGCGCCGCCAAAGGAGCGCCUCCUCCCACCAUCACCUGGACCCUGGACGACGAGCCCGUGGCGCGGGACCUGUCGCGUGUCAGAGCCAGCCAAUACACACUCUCCGACGGCAGCACUGUGAGCCACGUCAACGUCAGCAGCCCGCAGAUCCGCGACGGAGGAGUGUAUCGGUGCGCCGCACGAAACUCGGCCGGUAGCGCCGAGUACCAAGCGCGCAUAAACGUAAGAGGUCCUCCGAGGAUUCGGCCUAUGAAGAACAUCACUGCGGUGGCAGGAAGAAACACUUUCAUAAACUGCCGUGUGAUUGGGUACCCUUAUUACUCAAUCAACUGGUACAAGGAGGGACUUCUGCUGCCUGAUAACCAUCGCCAGGUGGUGUAUGAGAAUGGGACUCUGAAGCUCAGCGAUGUUCAGAAGGGAAUGGAUGAGGGAGCCUACGUCUGCAGCGUGCUCAUCCAGCCACAGCUUUUCAUCACCCAGACUGUUUAUGUCACUGUCAAAGUUCCUCCACUGAUCCAGCCAUUUGACUUUCCGCCGACUUCCAUUGGUAAAUUGAUGUACAUUGCCUGCGUGGUGUCGUCUGGAGACAUGCCCAUACGCAUCACAUGGCGCAAGGACGGGCAAGAGAUCGUGCCCUCCUCGGGCAUCACUAUCGACACGAAGGAGUUCAUGAGCUCCCUCCAGAUAUCCAAGGUGUCGCUCAAACACAACGGCAACUACACCUGCAUUGCCAGCAAUGACGCUGCCACUGUCAGCACAGAGAGACAGCUCACAGUUACAGUGCCUCCUCGGUUUGUGGUGCAGCCCAACAACCAGGAUGGGAUCUAUGGGAAGGCAGGGAUCCUAAACUGUUCUGUUGAUGGAUACCCUCCUCCCAAGGUCAUGUGGAAGCAUGCCAAAGGUACACUAGCGGGUAUUGGGAACCCGCAGCAGUACCACCCUGUGCUUCUGACAGGCCGGAUCCAGAUCAUGAGUAACGGCUCUCUACUCAUCAGACAUGUCCUGGAAGAAGAUCGUGGCUUCUACCUCUGUCAGGCCUCCAACGGGGUGGGCUCUGACAUCAGCAAGAGCAUGGUUCUCACCGUUAAGAUCCCCGCAAUGAUCACCAGUCACCCCAACACCACCAUGGCUAAGAAGGGUCACGUGAAGGAGUUGAACUGCACAGCCAGGGGAGAAUGGCCCAUCAUCAUCCGCUGGGAAAGAGGCGACACGGUCAUUGACCCUGACCGCAACCCCCGAUACUCCAUUACCACCAGUCCCAAUGAGAAGACUGACGAGGUGUUGUCUACACUCAAGCUAAAGCCAGCAGAGCGUGAGGAUUCAGUCUUCUUCUCCUGUCACGCCAUCAACUCUUACGGAGAAGGGCGAGGCCUUAUCCAGCUCACUGUGCAAGAGCCCCCAGACCCUCCAGAGUUGGAGGUGCGAGAAGUGAAGGAUCGUAGUAUGAAUCUCCGGUGGACACAGAGAUUUGAUGGAAACAGCGUCAUUACGUCCUAUGAUAUUGAGUAUAAGAACAAGACAGAUUCCUGGGAGCUGAAGCACGCCACUCGAAACAUCUCCCCCACCAACAACCAGGCCAACAUAGUGGACCUUCACCCUGCCUCUGUCUACAGCAUCCGCAUGUACUCCUACAACGCUAUAGGAAAGAGCGAGGCCAGUAAGGAACUCACCAUCAGCACCGAAGAAGCACAGCCUGAUGGUCCUCCCAUGGAAGUAAUCCUGCAGCCUGUGACCUCUCAGAGCAUCAGGGUCACCUGGAAGGCUCCCAGGAAAGAGCUGCAGAACGGCGUGAUCCGGGGAUACCAGAUCGGUUACAGAGAGAACGGCCCGGGCAGUAAUGGCCAGUACAGCAUUGUGGAGAUGAAGGCCACUGGAGACAGUGAGGUCUACACUCUGGACAACCUGAAGAAGUUUGCCCAGUAUGGUGUGGUUGUCCAGGCCUUCAACCGAGCCGGCACAGGGCCCUCUAGCUCAGAGAUCAAUGCUACAACACUGGAAGAUGUGCCCAGCCAGCCUCCGCAGAACGUGCGAGCCAUUUCUGUAACAUCUGACGAGGCAGUGAUCACAUGGGCCGAGCCUCCCAGAAUGACACUGCAUGGCGUAUUGAAGGGAUAUCGCGUCGUGUUCUGGGCCGUCUUCCCGGAUGGAGAGUGGGGUGAAAUGCAAAACAUCACAACCACCAAGGAGCAGGUGGAGCUCAGAGGCCUGGAGAAGUUCACCAACUACAGCAUCCAGGUGCUGGCCUACACCCAGGCUGGGGAUGGAGUCCGGAGCAACGUCCUGUACAUACAAACUCGUGAAGACUACCCUGGACCCCCAGCUGGUAUCAAAGCUGUGCCCUCCUCCGCCAGCAGUGUCGUGGUGUCCUGGUUACCCCCUCACAAGCCAAAUGGAAUCAUCCGCAAGUACACCAUCUACUGCUCCAGCCCCGGGUCAGGCCAACCGCUGCCCAGCGAGUACGAAGCCAACCCUGAGCUGCUUUUCUACCGAAUCACCCACCUCAACCACCGGCAGCAGUACCUGAUCUGGGCUGCAGCCGUCACCACUGCAGGCCGGGGUAACUUCAGCGAGAAGGUCACUGUGGAGCCAGCAGCCAAGGCCCCAGCUAAGAUCUUGUCAUUUGGGGGCACCGUUACCACUCCUUGGAUGAAAGAGGUACGACUGCCCUGUAGCUCAGUAGGAGAACCAACACCUACCAUAAAAUGGACCAAAGACAGUGAGGACACAGCCAUCCCAGUGUCUCUAGAUGGACAGCGUCUCAUUCUGGCCAAUGGGACAUUGGUGCUGCGCUCUGUCAAAGCUGAAGAUUCUGGUUACUACACCUGCACAGCCACCAACACCCUGGGCUUUGACACUAUUAUAGUCAACCUUUUGGUACAAGUCCCUCCAGAUCAGCCUCGUCUAACUGUCUCCACCACCUCCACCUCUUCCAUCACUCUGGCCUGGAUACCAGGAGACAACGGAGGCAGCUCUAUCAGAGGUUUUGUGCUGCAAUACUCUGUAGACAACACAGAGGAGUGGAAAGAUGUUUUUAUCAGUUCUAGUGAGCGCUCCUUCAAAUUGGACAACCUGCGCUGUGGCACCUGGUAUAAAGUAAAGCUGGCCGCCAAGAACAGCGUUGGAGCCGGACGCAUCAGUGAGAUCAUCGAGGCAAAAACCCACGGGCGAGAACCCCAGUUCAAUAAGGAUCAGCCAGUUUUUACCCACAUCAACUCCAGCCACGCCCGCCUCAACCUGCAGGGUUGGGCCAGUGGAGGCUGUCCAAUCAGCGCUGUCACGCUAGAGUUUAGACCAAAAGGUACAUGGACAUGGCAGAGUGUACGUACCAACGCCACCACAGAUGUGUUCCUGGCAGAGCUGCGAGAGGCCACCUGGUAUGAGUUGAAGAUGAAAGCAUGUAACAGCGCUGGCUGUGGCAACCAAAGCUCCCAGUUUGCAACACUGGACUAUGAUGGCAGCACAAUCCCGCCAAUCAAAUCCCCGCUAGAAAAGAACGAUGAUGUCAAGAAGCUAUUUUCUAUAGGCUGUCCUGUGAUCUUGGUCACUCUGGGUGUUGCGCUACUCUUCAUCAUUCGCAAGAAGCGCAAAGAGAAGAGGCUGAAGAGACUAAGAGAUGCCAAAAGCCUGGCAGAGAUGCUGAUCAGUAAAAACAACCGCAGCUUUGACACCCCAGUGAAGGGCCCUCCUCAGGGCCCACGGUUACACAUCGACAUCCCCAGAGUGCAGCUGCUCAUUGAAGACAAAGAAGGCAUCAAGCAAAUCGGUGAGGACAAGGCCACCAUCCCUGUGACGGACACAGAAUUCAACCAAACAGGGAACCCUCAGAGCUUCUGCACAGGUGUGUCUGUUCAUCACCCCGCCCUCAUCCAGAACACCGGUCCUUUGAUUGACAUGUCAGACAUCAGACCUGGAACCAACCCAGUGUCGAGGAAGAGUGUUAAGUCAGCCCACAGCAUCAGGAACCGCUACUCCAGUCAGUGGACUCUGACCAAAUGCCAGGCCUCCACACCAGCCCGCACUCUGACCUCAGACUGGCGCACAGUUGGCUCCCAGCAUGGCAUCACUGUCACAGAGAGUGACAGCUACAGUGCCAGCCUCUCACAGGACACAGAUAAGGGUCGCAACAGCAUGGUGUCGACUGAGAGCGCCUCCUCCACCUACGAGGAGUUGGCAAGAGCAUACGAGCACGCCAAGCUGGAGGAACACCUGCAACAUGCCAAAUUUGAGAUUACAGAAUGCUUUAUCUCUGACAGCUCAUCUGACCAGAUGACCACAGGUACCAAUGACAAUGCAGACAGCAUGACAUCCAUGAGCACACCGUCAGAGCCUGGUAUCUGCCGUUUCACUGCCUCGCCACCCAAACCCCAGGACUAUGACCGUGGCAAGAAUGUAGCUGUGCCCAUUCCACAUCGCGCCAAGAGUGACUACUGCAACCUACCCCUCUACAUGAAGUCAGAUCCCUUCUUCCGAAAGCAGUCGGAGCAUCAUGACCCAUGUCCAGUGGUUCCACCACGUGAAGCCUCUAUUCGUGGCCUGGCCCAGCGGGCAUACCACACCCAGGGCCGUCAUGUGACUAUGGACUCUGCAAAGCAGCAGGCCCUAACCAUGGGCCACUCUGGCCUGUCCAACCUCACUUCCUCUGGGGCUUCCUCUGGAGGAGCAACAGGAGGCGGUGGUGGAGGUAGUGGGAGUGGAGGGGCGUCUGCUAGCUCUAGCAGCUCUACACUUCCCCAGAGGACUCUCACCAUGCCAGGCUCCUCUGCCUCAGUGGCCCAGAGCGCAGCGGCAGCUGCUGCUGCUACCGCUGCAGCUGCUGGAGCAUCAUCAUCCUCCGGUGGAGGUGGGGCAGUAGGGGCCACAGGAGGGACCCCUGGAGGUGCCUCCUCAUCCUCCUCCAAGAUGGGAGGAUCCAGAGACUCUCUCCUGGAGAGCAGCUCCUCGGGCUUAGGCAGACUACAGAAGCAGAGGGAUGGAGGGGCUGGGGCCUACUCUAAGUCCUACACACUGGUGUAGCCUGCCAUCACUGCGGCCUGUCACUGUAACUCUUUAUAGAAUGCUGGUCAAGCCAGCGCUUGCCUGGAGCCUCUAUGGAAAAGUGGGGUGAGGAACAUACACAUGCACAGCUGACCCGUCAGUGCCUGUGCUGUGCCAGGCUGCAGGGGGCUGGUUGGGUUCCCAUCGACACUACUGUAUGAAGGGGUCAGAGUUGGGUCUCCACAGCACAGGGGUUUGCCUUUCUUUCUGCCUGAUUGCUUUCUAUUAUUAUUGUGUCAUCUUUCUCUAUCUCUUAUUUCAUCACCCUGGAAAUCACUUGCCAAAACAUAAAUGAUUUAUCUGUUCACUUCAUAUUUUCAUUUUCUGGUAAGGACACUGUACUUAUGCACAAAAUGCUUUCCACGUGCACUGUCUUGUCUUCUGGAUCAAGACAGUCGUAGAAUGAACCAGGUCACUUGACUUUCACACAGAUGUGUGUUAAGGUUUUUAGGUUUUUAAAUAUGUUUCUUUUCUGGUCUCUGAUGGAAGAAGAGCUCAUAUCACAGCAUUGUGCCAUGGCAGGAUGCUUUUACUGUAUGCAUAAACCACCAAACCUUGGUGUUACACUGGCUCUGAGAGGUUACUCCAUCAUGGAUUCAUACAUUAGAGGCAGUGGAAAGACUGUCGUCUCAAUACCAGUUUUGACACAUGGGGAAUUUUCUUAUACAUGCAAUGGAUGACACAGCAUAGUGGUCUUAAUUGAUGCUUUUAUAAACAGACUCAAAGCAGAGGAGAUACAAAAAAAAAAAAAAAGUCAAGCAUCACCAAGUGAAAGAUGAAUCCAAACCUUUUUUUUUUUUUAGUUUUCAUCAGUUUUUCUGUUUAUUUUUCUGAUGAUGAAAAUAUAAUCUCAUGUGCACUAAGAAAAAGUUAGAAUGGAUCCAAGUAACAGAAACCUUCACAAGCCUGCGUGUGUGUGCGUGUGGGUGUAUAUGUGUAAAUAUAUAUAUGUAUACAUGUGGCAGGCACACACCAACAGUGGACCUUUUUAAAAAUCAAUCUGUAUGCUGACCUCUGGGGCAGACGUCUGUGUCAAAACUGAAUCCCCUCCCCCCCAUUGUUCAUUUUGUACCUGUGAAAGGGGAUUCGGGGACAGUAACGAUGAUGAUGCUGACGAUGUAAAUGCUAUGAUCCUAAUUUGGUCCAGCAUUUGAACUUUGUUUUGCUAAGUGUGAUUGAGCUUAGGAAAUGAGAAAUACUGAAGAGAGCGAUUACAGAUGAUAAGAAAGAGUUCCUUUCUUUCUCCUUUUCUCUCUUUCACGCCCUCAGAAUAAAGAAGGAAGAGACCCUUUUAUGAUUCAUCAUGGUGCCACAAUACCAUCAUUCUUUUGUUUAACUCGUUUUACCUUCACCUUUAUCCCUUUCUAUCCUUCCCCACCUUUCACCUCUACCCAUCCAGUCCCCCAUCAUAUCCAUACAGUGUCACUGUGACCUACUGCUAGCAUACAGGCUAGUUAAAGAUACAGACUGACUGAGAGAAGAGGUCUAAUAUGCACAGACAGGCAGAAAUGCUGUUUGACAUUCAAUGACAACUUGAAUGGAGAAACAAGUUGCAAACAUACAGCAAAUUUAUAGAGAUGUAUACAGGAAAAAUCAUAUUUGUAUGAAGUGAUCUUGAAUUUAUGAACGGACAAUGACUUUGAGAUUAUAGACAGAGAGAUCAAGUGUUAAUAGAAUUUGCAGUUGUAUUAGGGAAACAGGGAGGGGGUUACACAGCAGAGAGAUACAAUUUCUCUUCAAAAAUAAGUGGUCUUUAAACCUAAAAGAUAUGUUUUCAAGUCCCUUCGCCUCACUGAAAUUGAUUUUAGCUUUAUAAAUAGUACUGUAUAUGUUAACUUUUUGUUUUUUUUCCUUUUCCCAUUUCUUCUCCCAAAGCUUAAUCCCAUAACAAAGAUCGUUCCAAAAAAAGAGUUGCUCCAAAUGUUUUGCAAUGGUAAAACGUAACAUCAGGGCUCUCGCAAUAGAAAAAAUAAAAAGAUAUGAUAUAUGUUUGUUUUCAAAAGUAUGUACAUAUAUAUUUCUAUUCAAAUAUAUAGCAAAUAUAUGAAUAUUGAAAAAAGCAGAGAAAUAUAGAAGCCGUUCUAAUUGAAAAUAUAUAUAAAAGAUCACAAGACAAUCGCUCAGAGUGAAAAACUGCAAGAAGGAAAGAAGAAAAAGUGAGGGAGGCUUACACGGGUAGCACAACCAUGGACAGGACAUCUCGGAGAGAAAGGAAGCGGUGUGAAAGAAAGUUAAAUGGUGAAACUGAGGUUUGAGGAAUGAUACGACGACCCCCCUUGUGAUUUUGUAAAUGUUCCGGCUGCACCGCCUGUGCAGCAGGUAGCGGCUGAAAGGACAAGCACAGUAAAGUCAAAUUAUAGUGUGAGAUUGUGUCGCUGGUUAACUGUGGUCUAUGGCUCAGUGCAGAAAGUGUGGUGUUGAAAAAGAAAACAGUAAAACAAGGACAGCCUAUACAGUAAGUGAGCCUAUUGUAAUAUGUUGUAUUGUACCUUCCAAAGGUGUGUUCACAAACUCAAUGCCAUUACCGGACUAUAGUUAAUGAAGACAAACCGACCAACAAGUAUUUCUGUUUCUUAUCUGUGUCAUAGCAAGUCCUCCCCAAACUCCAGGACUGCAGGGCCAAUAAACAUACCAUACAGUAAAGUAUUCAUGUUCCCUUUUAUUUUAAAACUACACAGGAGAGAAAUUAAUUUUGCUUUCCGCUGUUGAUGGUCAUGAUGCCUUUCAUUUUGGCCUUUAUGUUUCAAGUUAUGCAAAUACUUGUUUUCAAAAAAACACGAGUUUUGGAAUGGGGCAGGCCUGUUUUAGCAACCAAAACAUCUUCCUGACUCCAGUUGUAUGGAUAUUGGAUGGAGUGAUGAAAUAAACUCCUGUCCAACCUGCUUUCCCCAGUUCUUAAGUGAAGUUGCUUCUACUGGAAAAGACUGAUCUACUGCCAGUUUGUUCAAAGUAAAUGUAAUGUCUGUCUUUAAGGAAAUUUCCACCCUGAUACUUUUUAAGUGUAAUAUACAUUUUGUUGUAUUUAAGUACUUUGUGGGUUAUUUGGGCCUUCGAUCAAUCCUGAAUCCUGGACUGUUUUCCAGGACAUAUGAUUUAGGCGGACAUAAAUAAUAACAGAUAUAGACCCAUUUUGGUCUAAUUUAAAAUUAUAUGUGGCUGUAAAAUAAUAAUCUGUUAUUGUAUUAAAAUCUAAAAUUGAUUAGUUGCUUUCAAGGCAAACUGCAAACCAUAUUGCUACAGUAAUGAAAUUUCUAACCAUAAUGUAAUUAAUCAUCGAAUAUUUAUUGACUUUGUGAAGAAUGCAUGAGUAAUGCAUUAUUAUUCAUUGCAAUAUAUAUAUAUAUAUAUUAUAUAUAAAAAUGUAUAUAUAAAAAUGAAAAAGCACUAAAGCAUCAAAUAUAACGUAUAAUAACAAUGUUAUACAUUUCAGCUUUUUGUUAUUUCACUAUUUUAGCAGAAAAGAAAAUCAAGAUGGUAAAAGACUCAAACUCACAUCAACGUUUUACAGUACAGUUAUUUUUUUUCUCAUUGAAUAUAAUAGCUGCAGCUUAUCUUAACAUUUGACCAGUGAUCUGCAAUGUUGUGAUGAUUUACAGUGUUUAAGUGAUGGAUUAGUGGUUCAGGUGGAUUUUUCCUUGAAGUUCAACAACAUACUUUCAAACUGACUCAGUCUGUUUUCGUAAGGCCAACUUCACAUGUGCUAUUUCCCCAACCUUUUCCACAUCUGCCCAACCAAUCAGAUCUCCCCCUCUCACUGUACCAUUUUGCCCACCUAUACAACAUGAUUUCUACUCCAUACUAGAAGACUUGUGUACAUAGGAAAGUGUUUUGUAUAAAUGAGUACUAUUUUCGACAUCUUCACUAGAAACCAGGGCACAAUGUAAACUAUGAACUGAAGUUAUUGUAAUGAAACAGAAGAAGACGUAAUGAAAAACUAUAGAAUUAUACACACUGCUUUAUCUUGAUUUAUGGACCAGUUGAAACAUGCCAGAGUGGACCAUGCAUAGUUAACAAUAUUGAUUUCUUCUUUUACAGGACAUUUGAUUGCAUUGUCUCCUUUUUGAAUUAGUUUUGUUUUGUUUGUUUUUAUGUUUUUUGGUUUUGUUUCCUUUUUUUAAUUUGUCACUGGUUGCUUGAUUUAGAGUUUGCCUUUUUUUUUAUUAUUCCACUUUUUGGGGGGAGGACAGCAGCAUUGCAUGUUCUGAAAAUUUUGCUGGUUAUAAAAGAAAACAGGGGAAUGGUGAAUUGAACAAUUUAAAAGGGGGUUAAUUAAAACAUUUUAAAAAUGCAGAGGUUGUUCCUUAAACUUUUAUGGGGAAACGUUGCUUCAAUUUGCAAUUGCUUGUGUUUAACUCUACAUUUUCUUUUCUAUGAAAACAAACAAAAACAGAAAAAGAGUACUCAACACCUUGUGCAAUAAAGCUAUCUUUUUAUGAA